AUGGCUGAACCAAGAGCCCGUGCCGCUAGGCAUAAGGGUCAGAUGAACUUUGCUGCCGAAUUGCGUCUCCUCCUUCUCGCAUAUGGUGAUCCGAGCCCGCACCCGUCUUUCCCUUCCGAGCCUCUUCCCGAAACAGUUCGUGUGCUCGAUGAGAUUGUUACCGAUUUUGUUCUUGAGAUGUGCCACGGUGCAGCUCAGUAUGCCGCCUAUUCGCGCCGUCAGAAAAUCAAGGUAGACGACUUCCGAUUUGCGUUGCGUCGUGAUCCCAACAAACUUGGUCGUGUCCAGGAGCUAUUGCGCAUGGAGCGUGAGCUAAAGGAAGCCCGGAAGGCCUUCGAUCAGAAUGACGACCAGGUUGGAAACUUGAAGGAUGCUAGCAAAAAAGAACUCGAAGAUUUGGGCGAAGGUACCGAUGGCAAGAAGAGCAAGGGUAAAGGAAAGAGGAAUGCUAGAAGGGACUCGGAUGCUACGGAGGACACAACGGUUUCGAAGAAGAGAAAGACUGGUUGA